UGGCACUCAAACUGUGACCGGUUAGUAAAAGACAAUAUUUUUCGAAAAUCAGCAGUUGGCCAGCAUUUUACUAGUCCUUGCAUGUUGUUGCUGUUUCUAAUUGAGAAAUACGCCCAAGUUUAUAAUUUAUUAAAUUGGCAAGAAAUUCAAUUAUAUCACAAUUAAAAUGUUAAACAGUUGUGAACCAUAAGUGUUUGUAAUUUGAUAUAUAAACUGAUACCCUCAGAUGUUAAAAGUAUACUACAUACAUUUAUACGGUGCGUCGCGUGAAAUUUCUAUUUUAGGAAGGAGAAAUAUAUGAAAAUGGAUUUUAAUUAUUUAAAUAUAAAUGACUUGUCAGAUGAAGAAAUUGCAUUGCAUAUGCGCGAAUCGAAUUUUGAGAAAUAUAGAUCGCUUGUGCGCAUGCACUUGUCAUUUGAAUUGGAACUAAAUGAAUUUGAUUUGCCAUGCCAUGAAAUCGUUUAUGAAGACAAAGGAAAAUGGAAAAAGUGGAACCGUAUAUCAAAGAAGCAGAGACAUCAUCUAUCUGCGGUAUGUUCAACAACGACAAAAGGCUCCAACAGUUCUGGUGGCAGUCCUACAGAAGGUCUACACCAGCAAAUUGAUGCUGGAUUUUUAUUCCACUUGAAGGAAAUAAAAGAGUUCUUAUUGCUUGAAAAAAAUAUAACACAGGAAGGUAUAUUUCGUAAGACUGGUUCUGUAUCAAGACAAAAUGAGUUACGGAUACAAAUACAAAGUAACAAAGCGUUAGAAUUGGAAUGCAGUAGUUAUUCUGCACACGAUUGUGCCACAGUUUUUAAAGGUUAUUUGGCUGAAUUGCCUGAACCGGUAUUAACUGAUGCACACUAUCCCGCACACUUACAACUUGCUCCACUUUGUAUCGGAGCAAGUUAUAUGGCAUCAACGAGCAAUACCUUUAAAGGACUAAACACAGAACAUCAGAAACGCGAAGAGCAUUUAUUGAAUUCAAUUCAGCUUCUCUUAUUACUUCUACCCUAUGAUAAUCGACAACUUCUGAUGCAUAUAAUUGAUUUGCUUUACGCUGCUGCACAACAGGAACACUUAAACAAGAUGUGUGCAGAAAACUUAGCAACCUUAUUUGCACCACAUCUAAUAUGUCCAAGGAAUAUGCCACCCGAAGCCUUACAUUAUCUAUCAAAGAAAAUGUCUAGUAUUAUUGCUUAUAUGGUCACGAAAGGUACAAAAAUAUUUGAAAUGCCGGCGAAAUUAUCAACUGACAUAAAAGCAUAUUUCUUGGAGCGUAAACGAAAAAAAACUAUGUCACCCGAACUAACACUUGACGAAUCCAUUUCGGAUAUUUCAGCUGUUGAAACAGUCUAUACAUUUGUGGAUCGUGAGAAAACACUUGCUGCUCACACAACUAACACAACUGAUACAGAAUUAGCGCAACUCUAUGCACACAUACAAAGUCUACCUGAAUCUUCAAAGAAACGUAGACUUAUUAAACAAUUUAAUAGACAAAAUGGACAAGGAACGCCACUGCAAUUGGUAGUAAUGAAUCGUAUUAAAAAUUCUGACGCUGGGCGUAGUGCUAAAUCUUUAGGUGAAUCUAUUAAAAAGCAUAUUUUCCAUAAAGCAAUGUAUCGCACCCCAAAACGCACAAAUCCAACUUCUACAAUACUUGAGACACCAAAUAUUUCAAGCAAUAAAAAUCCAAAAUUACGUGUGCUAUUUCAAAGUCCUGCAGCGGAAAUGAAACCUGCAGCAAGCACUGCUUCAUCUACAUGCAACAGUAGUACUAAUUUUACGCAUGCUAUUAAUACUCAUUCGCUGAUAAAACCCAUUGAUUCUUCAUCAUCGCAUACAAAUUUAAAUGGUUUUUCAAAAAACUCCGCUGACGGAAUUGAUACUUUGUCAACAUGUAGCAGUGAUUAUUCAAUACCAACCAUCUCCAUAUCAGCGCCCGUCAGUCGUCAAACAUCAAAUGAACUACCUGGUACAAAGGCAUUAAGUGCAUCCUACACAUCCGUAACUGGUGUUCAAACUGAAAAUGAACUCUUUACUGACAUGAAUUGUUGUGCAACGCCACUUAAACUUAUUUCCGAAGCAGCGAAACAGUUGAUUAGUAGUAAUAUAAAUGACACAAAUAAUGCGAAUCCACGAAAAACUGUUGCUUGGGAUGAUGCUUGCUUGUUAACAGUGGAAGAAAUCUCUAAUCCUUGCACACCUGCAAAACAAAACAAUAUGGAUUUAAAAUCACGCUACAAAUCAGAACCAAAUCUGAGUCGGAUUCUGCCGGACAAAAUUACAGAGUCAACAACAAAUAUGUCGGCUAUAUCCAAAACUGGUUUAUCAUUUAAACGCAAACUUAUUAAAGGUGUAAGCAUGGGUAAUCUUAAAUUUUUCAGUACACCAGAUCCGACUAGGAGGUUAGUGCGUAGCGUUUCAGCAACUCUGCGCAAAACAGCCGGUGAUAUCGAACGUUCAGAUCGUAAAAAUUUAUUAGACGACAUAGAUGAUGAACUGGAUGAUGAUACAUUUGAAGAAAAUCCAAAUGAUCAUCUAGACUCUGACAGUGAAAUUGAAUCUGAAACCGACGUUAAGAAUGAACUAGCAAGUACGACUAGUACCAGCAGUGAAUUGCCCGGUUGCAGUGCCAGUUUUCUACACUCACAACAAAACCUGAUACAUCGUAAUAUAGAUUUGAUGACUAGCACACCUUCAAUGUUUUUAGGAAGACGUUCAAUGUCGCCAAUAACUAAAUCAACCCAACGUAUGCCAAAAGCAAUGCAAGAGUCAAUAAUGACACCACGUUCUCGUAAGCCCGUUAUGGUGUUGACCAAUUUGGGGAACUCAGAUCAAAACCAAACAAUUUGUCAAACGGAUUUGUCAAGUUUCCGAGAGCAAGAUGAAGACGAUUCUACAGACUGUGAAAAAAUGGAGACACACCAUAUAAAUUUACACAAUGAAGAUGCAGUCUCUGCGGGUUGUUACUCUGACAUAUUGCGUCGCAAACAACUAUUGUUGGAAAAUCAAAGCUUUAUACAACAAGGCUCAUUGAACAUUGCUGAUACAGCAGCAAGAGGUAGCAACAAUUUAACUGACGAAAAUAACUGUUCCUCUUUAGAUGCUGAUGCGUUGUCCAAUAAUUUCAAAGAAUAUCUGCUAAGUCGUAGUGUACUCACUGCCAGUCCAGUUGAUUCGUCCUUUUUUAGUCAACCUGAUGAUUUCGGCUCGACACAAGAAAUCGAGGACUUAAAUGAAUCACAGUUAAGUGCCAGCUUAUUGUACUGUUUGGAUGGAAAUGAGCCGGAUAGAAAUAGUAAUUCCACAGAACUUAAAGUUAAUAAUUCAAAUAUUAUGGAAACAGAUAUAGAUUCUAUGUCUGAAGUAUGCAAUGAACGAAUAGGUUCAAUUUCUACAAACCCAUUUGUCAUACUUAACAAUGCACGCAAACGUACAGCUAAUAAAAUCGCAACUUCCACAUCAACCAAAACGCAAACAACAGCAACCACAUCAAAUUUAACAAAUAAGGAAAAUAUUGACAACACUCAAAGCUACAUAGUAACUAAGAAAAUACUAAUAAGCGAUUAUCCGGGUGAAACAUCCUUUUAGUUUCAUCCUUUCAUGUUUCAUUAGACAAAUAUAUACACAACCGUUGCACGGUUUAUAUUAUAUUAACUGAAUAAUACAUUGGCAACUAUAUAUUUACACUUCAUUGCUUCCGUGUUUAUGCAUUUUUAACUUUUUAUAUAAA